AUGGCAAUGCAAUAUCCACUUCUUUUCCCUUAUGGAGAAGAUGGAUAUACAACAGAUAUCCCACAUAAUGAUAGGGAAGAAAUUGGGAGAAGGCAAAGAGAAAAAGAGGCAAAGACGAGAUUCCAAUUGGGAAGACUUAACCAGCAACAACAAGUUGACGCCUUCACAUGCAUGCAAGAAGGAAGAUUAGAAUGGGUAAGAAGCAACCAAAAAAAACUAAGAAAGGAUGUGCUACGUGGAUUGACGGAUGCAGUUUCUCGAGGUGAUACAACGCCUGCAUCUGUAGGACAACGCGUUAUACUACCUUCAUCUUUCACCGGAAGCCUGAGAUUCAUGAUUCAAAACUACCACGAUGCCCUAGCUAUUUGCAGAUGGGCUGGCCCUCCAGAUUUGUUCAUUACUAUGACAUGUAAUCCAAAGUGGCCAGAGAUUAGAGAAUUUUUAUCCUUGAUCCCAGGACAGAAACCAGAAGACCGACCUGAUAUCAUUGCUCGAGUGUUCAAGAUUAAACUUGAUGAGCUUAUGGUGGACCUUACCAAAAGAAAUAUUUGUGGUCGCACUAAAGCAGAUUCUGUAUUUCUGGUUUUAGCAGAUUCAAUUACAUGGUUCCAGUGGGUAUAUGUGGAUUGUAGUUAUCAGAGUUCACAAGAAAUAAUAAUUCUUACACUUAACUACCUUGCAAUUCUAACCUUUAACCACCUUGCAGCAAUAUACACAAUCGAGUUUCAAAAAAGAGGACUUCCACAUGUUCAUAUGCUGCUAUUCUUGCAUGAAGCAGAUAAACUUCGAACACCAUCAGACAUCGACCGCUUGAUUUUAGCAGAACUACCGGACCAGGAAUUAGACCCUAUUGCAUUCGAGGCAGUAGUCCAGUACAUGACACAUGGACCAUGCGGUAGCUUGAACCCAAAAUGUCCAUGUAUGCAUGGGGGCCGGUGUACGAAAUAUUACCCCAAAGACUUCAACAACGAAACUGUUAUUGGUGAAGACGGAUACCCGGCAUACAGGAGAAGAAACAAUGGAAGGACAGCAACAAAGAAUGGACACACAAUUGAUAAUACUUUCAUUGUCCCGUACAAUGUGGACUUGCUGGUGAAGUAUCAAGCCCACAUCAAUGUUGAAGUGUGCAACAAAUACACAUGUACCAAGUACCUAUUCAAGUACAUGAAUAAAGGUCCAGACAUGGCAUUAGCAACAAUACAAGAAGCUACAGAAAAUGCAAUGCCGGGAGGACAACUAGGCAACCACGAACCUCAAAAAGACGAGAUACAAUCAUACUUGCAAUGCAGAUACGUAUCUGCUGCAGAGGCGUGUUGGAGGGUUUUCGGUUUCCCGAUACAAUAUAAAUACCCACCAGUACAACGCCUAAGUUGUCACCUCGAGGAAGAACAAACAGUGAUGUUUGAAGAUCAUGAGCAUCUGGAUGAAGUCCUCGAAAGAGUAGGACCAGCCAAGACACCUCUCAUCGGGUGGAUGGAAGCAAACAAGAAGUAUCCACAAGCAAGAACACUGACAUACCAUGAAUUCCCAACUGAAUGGGUCUGGCUAACCAAGGAAAAGAGAUGGAAAGUAAGAGAUGACAGGUUCAAAAUAGGGAGAAUAUACUAUGUGCACCCAGCAUCAGGGGAACUUUACUACUUGCGCAUGCUCCUGAAUAUAGUUACAGGAUCCACAACCUUUGGGGAAAUAAGAACGGUAAACGGCAUAGAGUAUGCCACUUUCAAGGAAGCUUGCAAUGCUAUGGGUCUUUUAGAAGGAGAUACUGAAUGGCAUGAAGCUUUACAAGCAGCAUCGUCUUGGGCCCAUGCCCCACAGCUUAGAGAGUUAUUUGUCACAAUUUUAAUAUUCUGUGAAGUCUCAAACCCCAGUGACUUAUGGUAUAAAAACUGGGAGCUUCUAUCAGAUGAUGUGCUAUACAGGCAACGCAAACGGUUUAAUUCCCCCAACAUCAUGUUGACGACCAACCAGGUGCAAAACUAUGCAUUAUAUGACAUUGAAUUGAUCCUCAACCGAAAUAACCGGAGUCUUGCAAACUAUGGGAAUAUGUCAUUCCCAGACAUGGCUUUGGUGCAACAAACAACAAACAGGUUGGUAUUGGAAGAGCAAAUGUAUGAUGUGGGGAUGCUAGCAGAUGAAGCAUCUACUCUCGAAGCCGGGCUGAAUCCAGAGCAAAGCACAAUCUACCACAAGAUACUCGAGGCAGUAGAAAAUAGAGCAGGAGGAGUGUUCUUCAUUUAUGGAAGCGGGGGUACAGGGAAGACAUAUUUGUGGAGCACCUUAAUAUCAAGACUUAGAUCAGAGGGGCGUAUAGUUAUCGCAGUCGCAUCAUCGGGAAUCGCAGCACUAUUACUUCAUUGUGGAAGGACAGCACACUCACGCUUCAGCAUCCCGAUACAUUUAAACGAGAACUCAUGUUGCCGGAUAAUGCAGGGUUCGGACUUGGCAUUUCUCCUCCAACAAGCAAGCCUUAUAAUAUGGGACGAAGCUCCCAUGGUCCACAGGCAUGCCUUUGAGGCAGUGGAUCGUACUUUACGUGAUAUUAUGCAAACAAAUGACAAGCCCUUCGGAGGAAAAACAGUGGUAUUAGGAGGAGAUUUUAGACAAAUACUACUAGUUGUGCCGCGAAAAGGAAGAGCAGAGAUUGUAGAUGCAUCUGUCAAUAGGUCGCCAAAAAUUUGGCCUCAUUGCACCGUGUUCAAACUAACCACAAACAUGAGAUUGAGGGGAAGCUCAGACAUUGUUGGAUUAGAAGAAAUGCAGAAUUUCAGCAAGUGGGUCCUAGAUGUGGGUGAUGGUCAAAUCCAUGCCACUGCAAAAACAGGGGAAGAUGAGGCCAAUUGGAUUCAAAUUCCACCUGACCUCCUGGUAAAAGACCAUCCAGACAAAAAGGCAGCCCUCGUGGAAGAAAUUUACCCAGACCUUCUUCACAGGUACACAGACAUCAAAUACCUAGCUGAAAGGGCAAUACUGGCGCCUAAAAACGAUUGUGUGGAUGACAUCAAUAACUACAUACUCUCUAUGAUCCAUAGAGAAGAAGGAGUAUAUAAAAGUGUUGACAGAGUAAGCCCACUUGCAAAUAGAACAUCAGUUGAUGAAGAUCUAUACCCGACAGAAUUCCUAAACACUCUCCAAUUCCUUGGCAUCCCAAAUCAUGAAAUACGUCUAAAAGUAGGGUGCCCAAUCAUACUACUUAGGAACAUCAACCAGGUAGAAGGAUUAUGCAACGGAACAAGGCUCAUCAUAACACGGUUGGAACAAAUUGUGAUUGAAGCACAAGUGGUGACUGGAACAAAUGUGGGACGACGAGUAUCUAUUCCGCGGGUAGAGAUAACACCAGCUAAUCACACACUACCAUUCACUAUGAAGCGCAGACAAUUCCCUGUCAAGGCACAUAAGACAAACAAUGCUGGAGCAAAAACAAAAUUGCCUAUGGUCAACAACCCUUCCAUCAGGGAUAAUGAUAUCAUCUUCGGCCACUCUUUAACCACACUUACAGGUAAUUUGACUUCAAAUAUUAUGAGUAAUGAUGGUCGUCUAAUCAUUACAAGUGUUACUCAUCAUGACAAUGGAAAUGACGUCCUUUCUGUUAGUAGCAGUGUAACUGGCGUCCAAAAAUUGACAUUUAAAAGACUAUGUCCAUUGUUAACCCACCAUUGUUUGCAGUGA